AGUAACUUCAUUCCGCGGUCACACUGCUCACGAGGAAUAAAAUCAAUUUUUACUGAAAUUUUAAGCGACCGCGAACGAAAAUUCCGCCAAAGCUCAAUUAAAUGCCAGUGCGAACUGCAUUUUGCGAGCUAUUCCGGUGACAAGAUAUUUGGGUGUUCCUUCAAAGGGUUGCUAUAGAGCAGAAACCCUCAAUUUCCGACCGCGUGCGUUGACUUAAAGCCGCAAAGUGGAUACCGAAACAGUGAAAAUCGAGGAUUUGAUGGACUCUGAUCCUGAAAUCGAGUUCAUUGAAAAGGACAGCGGGAUGUCGUCGUUGGGCGGCAGCAAGGAUGAGACGCCCGAGCGGCGGGCAGUGGCCGCCACUUCAAAUGAGCCACAAGGCGAGAACUACGAUGAUGAACCCGAUGAGACGGCGGCUGAGCGCUUCUGGGGCCUGACAGAAAUGUUCCCGGAGCCACUGAGGAACGCGGUCGGUGCCGUGAGCAGCGCCACGGUGAAGAGCGUCAAGGGAUUCUACACGUUCUCGUGCAACGCCAGCUGGAUUUUCUUCACCAGCUCGGUCAUCCUGUUCGCCCCGGUCAUUUUCGAGACGGAGCGCGCCCAGAUGGAGGAGCUGCAGAAGUCGCAGCAGAAGCAGGUGCUUCUUGGACCAGGCAGCGCGAUGGGCCCUGGAGGAUCCUCGCCCAGCUUACCCUUGAUUCGUUAACCGAGAGAGACCCUACCACAUACGCAUAUUAGCUCUACGAUAACCGGCAGCGGAAAUCCGGAAAUUGCCACACGUUAGCUUAAGUUUGUCGAUACCAAUCAAUCCCAGUCGAAAUCGAGAGGUCGAGGACGUCCACGAAUGGCCGAAGCAAUAGCAUCAGCGAUUCCCUAACAAGCUGUCACCCAUUAAAUGCCACUCCAUAGCCCACAGCAUUUACACAUCCACACUCUCGGAACUCCCGGCACCAAAACAGACGUCCUCUUCGAUCGAAACGAGCAGUUGCAAAACUUCAGAUAGGUGUUAGCAUUGUAGUUGGCGUACAGUGUAUAAACCAGCUACCACUACGGUUUAAA